UCUUUAGCUGUGGUAGGGAGAGGUUGCGCGUCUCCUCUCGCUCCUGCUCUGUGGAUAUACGUGUCUUACCUGUACCGUGGGAUUUAAUUAGUGACAGGUGACAUUGUUAAGGUGAAUAUACAGUUUAAUUUACUUUGGCGUCGAUUUGGGGGCUAUUGGAGGAGUUUUUAGCGUUUUUCAAGUGGAUUUUGGAAUUUUUUGGAACGUACGAAACAGGAAGUUGGGAGAGGCCUAUUGUGGAACACCCCGCUACUUUAUGGCCCAGACAGACCCGGCUUGAGAUAUGUCGCGCUAACUUUCGCUUUCACCACAAUGACGAGAAGAUAAGACCAGGUGUGUGAUGGGCGGUGAGCAGCAUGGGCGCCCCCUGGUGGACCCUGUCACUGCUGUUGCUGCUUACCUGCCCGGCCGCCGCCCCCGCCUCAGACCUGCGGUACCUACGUCACGGCGGCCGGAGGGAGGCGGGGGACGGCGGAGGCGGCGGGGCGGCGGGCGCGGCAGCGGGCACUAACGCCACCACGGGAACGGCGCCCCCCGAGGACUUGCUGUUCGAGGGCGAGGGAGAGGCGGGAAGUGUCCAGGAGCAGGUCGUGGUGCGCGGCGAGGAGGUGCUGCUUGAGUGCGUGGUGCCGGACGACGCCCCACAGAUACCCGGGGAUGACAGCGCCGAGGGGGAGGUGCGAUGGUACCACGACGGCGCCAAGGUGCGUGAGGACCUCCGCGUCAGCAUCAUGUGGACGGGGCGCCUCGUGCUGUCCCACGCCGUCACGCCGGACUCGGGGCUCUGGUGGUGCCGGAGGUCAGGCCGCCCGGGACCCAAGCGCCGCCUCUUCGUCACCAUCCCCCCCGAGCGACCGUUCCUGAUGUACGGAGGAGCCCAACUCGCGGCGGGGGCAAGACUCACCACACGGGAGGGCAACGCGAUCACCCUGCAUUGCGUGGUGGACGGCGGGAACCCAGCGCCGGCGAUCACCUGGAGGCUGGCCGGCGAGGAUGUGACGCCCUCUACGCAGGUGCGCUCGGAGUGGCGGGAGGAGGAGGGCGUCUUCCACUCCACCAGCAACUUGACGGUACCGCGCGUGAGCAAGGAGCUCCACAAUGCCACCGCCGCUUGCACGAUCAGUCACCCGUCCCUGCCCGUGCCCGUCUCUGUGCCGCUCAGACUGAAUAUUGAGUAUCCCCCAGACUUCAGGCUCCGUCGCUGGCCAGUCUGGGGCACGCCGGUGAGGGAGGGCAGCACCGUGUCCCUCCUCUGCCUCGUGGACGCCAACCCGCCCUCGAGUCCGACCUGGGUCAAGGCACCCCCCAGGACUCACCCCCACCCCCUGCCUCGCCCCCCAGAGAGCGAGGGCGGCGCGGAGACCCUGGCGUCGGCGGGGGGGUGGCUCAACCUAACGAAGGUGGGCGGGGAAGACAAGGGUUGGUACAAGUGUGCAACGAGUCACCCCUUCGGAAGAUACUCGUCUCACUCUGUCUUCAUCAACGUGUUAGGUGACGGAAGCGGCUCUGCAGGUCACACGCCCCAGCUGCUGAGGAAGACGGCCACCUCCCCCCCCGAGUGCGCCCCCCUCCUCCCCUGCCCCCCUGACGCCGCCCCCCACCCCCCCGACGGCCAGGGGUGGGUCACGGUGGUCCCAGUGAACGUGUCAGUCAUCACCACGGGGGGUCGAACCACGGUGCUGGCCGCGAGGGUGUGUGGCCGGCCGUCCCCCAGCGCCGUCACCUGGCUGCCCCCGCCCCACCUGCCUCCCCUCACCCCGGGGCACAUGCGGGGCCGCCUACACGCGCACAACCUCACUGCCGGGUCCUCUGCGGGGUGCCUACACGCGACCCUCAGCAUCAAGGGCGUGAAGGACAGCGACGCGGGCGGCUGGGUGGUCGUGGGCGUGGGCGGACGGAAAGCAGACGCCGCCCUCAUCCACCUCAACGUCACCGCCGCCGCCCACGCCGUCGCCAGCGCCGCCCACGCCCUGCAGACGCACCUCCUCGCCCUCCUCCUCGCCCUGCUCGCCUCCCUCCCGCCCAGGCCGUGAACUGCUCUCUGUCUCUAUCUCGUGGCCGCAAGAGUGGUUUUUGGGGGUCCUAUCGCUGCAGAAGAUGGGCUUUGGUGGUCCUCGACGUAACCUGCGCUCUAUCGUGGCCGUAGGAGUGGUUUCGGGGAGUCCUUGACAUGAUCUCCUCCUACCGUGGUCGUGGGAGUGUGUUUCAGGGGAUCCUUUUGCUAUGAUAUCCUUCUCCUGUGGCUGUAGGAUGUGUUUCGGGGGGUCCUUGACGUGAUCUACUCCUACCGUGGUCGUGGGAGUGUGUUUCAGGGGAUCUUUUUGCUAUGAUAUCCUUCUCCUGUGGCUGUAGGAUGGGUUUUGGGGGGUCCUUGACAUGAUCUACUCCUACCGUGGUCGAGGGAGUGUGUUUCAGGGGAUCCUUUUGCUAUGAUAUCCUCGUGGCCGCAAGAUGGGUUUUGCGGGGUCCUUGGCAUAAUCUCCUCUCCCGUGGGUGCAGGAGGUCCUCUGGCUAUGAUAUCCUUUUCUUGUGGCUGCAGGAGUUGGUUUGUGAACUCCUUUGCCAUGAUAUCCUUCUCCAGUUACGGCAGGAGUUGGUUUGUGAAGUCCUUUGCCAUGAUAUCCUAUACUCCAGUGACCGCAGGAGUUGGUUUGGGGUCCCCUGGCUAUGAUAUCCUAUUCUUGUGACUGCAGGAGUUGGUUCGUGAAGUGUCAUGAUAUCCUUCUCCAGUGACCGCAGGAUUGGUUUCGUGGGAUCCUUUUGCUAUGAUAUCUUCCUUUCGUGGCUGUAGGAACUGUUUGUAUGGGUCCUUUCUACCUAAAACUCCUUCUUCAUCGACCUCAGGAGUUGUUUUUCAGGAUCUUAAUCACCUAAAUCUCCCUUCAGUGGCCAGAGGAGUUGGGUGUCUAAAUCAUCUCGACCUUCAACUGUUUGUCUGGGUCCUUUCUACUUUAAACUCCUUCUUCAGUGACCUCAGAAAUGAUCACGAACCCCUUCCCAUAAAAUCCUUCCCGUGGCUGUAGGACUCGACUCUUUGGAUCCUUUCUGCAUUUAACUCCUUCAGUGACCUCAGGAGUUAUUUAUCACGAACCUCUUCCCAUUAAAAUCCUUCCCGUGGCUGCAGGACUCGACUUUCGAUCCUUUCUCCCUUAAACUCCUUCAGUGACCCCAGGAAUUAUUUAUCACGAACCUCUUCCCAUAAAAUCCUUCCCGUGGCUGUGGGACUCGACUCUCUGGAUCCUUUCUCCCUUAAACUCCUUCAGUUACCUCAUAAAUUAUCACCAACCCCUUCCCAUAAAAUCCUUCCCGUUGCUGUAGGACUCAACUCUUCGGAUCCUUUCUGCAUUUAACUCCUUCAGUGAUCUCAGUAAUUAUCACGAACCCCUUCCCAUAAAAUCCUUCCCGUUGCUGUAGGCCUCAACUCUUUGGAUCCUUUCUGCAUUUAACUCCUUCAGUGACCUCAGAAAUUAUCACGAACCCCUUCCCAUAAAAUCCUUCCCGUGGCUGUAGGACUCGACUCUCUGGAUCCUUUCUCCCUUAAACUACGUCAGUAACCUCAGGAGCUAUCAGGAUCUCCCCAUGACCUCCUUCCCGUGGCCGCAGGAGUCGGUGUCUUUGGUUCUCCGCCGUCUGUUGCAGUCUGUGGGCGUGGAUGUGCCGUAGCCGCCCUCACGCCCGCCGGAGGGGUCGCCGCGCCCCCCACACGCCCUUGGUUGUGUGUGGGCGUGGCGGUGGGUGUCCUGUGCUUCCUUCUCUCUUCUCUCAGCGUGUGGGGCGGCGUGCGUCUGUGAUAGUGUGGUGGUGAGGAUGGUGAGGGUGAUGGUGAUUGUAGGAUGGUGGUGGUGGUGGUUGAGAAUAGUGUGAUUGUGGUAUGGUUGUUAUGAUAGGGGGUUGGAAGGUAUGGUAGUGAGGGUGUGGAAGGAAUGUGGUGUUGUAUACAGGAUGGUGGUGAUGGUGGUUGAGAAUAGUGUGAGUGUGGUAUGGUUGUUAUGAUACGGGUUGUGCAUGGGGGGUUGGAAGGUAUGAUGACGAGGGUGUAGAAGGAAUGUAGUGUUGUAUACAGUGUGGUCAGGAUGGUGUGUCAUGUGUAUGGUGAGGUAUGGUGUCUGUUUCCAUAUGUGUGAUAGUGAGGCAAAGUUUCGAGCAGCAUGGUGACAGGAUAUGAGAGUAUGGUGAUGGUAGAGUGGUGAGCUGGUAUAGUAUGGUGUGACUGGGGAUGGUGAUGGAGAGGUGAUAGUGACAUGUAUGGUGUGGUGAUGGUGAUGGUGAUGUGCGUGUAUGGUAUGCCGUGACUGUGAAAAUGAUGAUAUGGUAAUGAUAUGGUGUAAGUAUGGUGAGAUGGUGAUGGUGAAAGUGGUGUUGUAUGGUGUGACUGGUAAUGAUUGGGGUGUGGUAUGGUGUAUGUAGAGGUGGUGGUGAUAGUGAUGAAGUAUGGUGACGUAUAGUGUGACUGGUAAUGAUAGGGGUAUGGUAUGGUGUAUGUCGAGGUGGUGGUGAUGGUGAUGACGUAUGGUGACGUAUAGUGUGACUGGUAAUGAUAAUAGGAGGGUGGUGAUGAUGGAUGUAUGGCGACUUGAUGAUGAUAGUGGUAAUGUAUGGUGACGUAUGGUGUGACUAGUAAUGAUGAUAGGAGGGAUGGUGAUGAUGUAAGUAUGGCGAGGUGGUGAUGAUGAUGAAGAUGGCGUAUGGUGUUCUUUGUUAUUUAUGGUGCAAGACACAGCUAGCUCCGUUAUCCCGGGGUGAUGGUGCGCUAUGUGUCACUAUAUUAUUAUCCGAAGUGAACCGUGAACCGAACCGGACUCGUGAAACUGUAUCGGUUCGAAACACUUCUAUAAGGAACCGGUUUACAGGACUGACACUUUUAUGAACCUUUUGAACCGGUUUGUGUUGGUUCGGAGCUUCGGACCAAGGACUUGUGAACCUUUUGAAGUGGUUUGAGUUGUUUCGAAGCUUCGGAAUGCUGAAUCAAAGACAGGAUAAAGGAUCUGAACCUAUAUUUGAAGCAGUUGAUCCGAUUUGUGUUGCUUUGAAAAUUCGGAUUACUGAAAAAAAAAUGAAGAUAAAGGAAUAUAGAAGCUUAUGAAGAGGUUUGAUUUCUGUUGCUUCAAAGUUUCAAAUUGUAGGACUGAAACACUUAUAUGAAACAGUUGAUUCGAAUUGUGUUGCUUCAAAAACUCGGAUUACCGGAAGAAAAUGGAAAAAACAACCACUGAAAACACACAUACGAAGCUCUAAUCCAUUUGUGCUGCUUCAAAGUUUCGAAUCGUAAGACUGAAACACCAAUGAACCACCUGAAUCUUUUUGUGUUGCUUCAAAAAUUCGUAUUACUGAAAAAAGAACGGACUGAACAAACAUACGAAGAGGUUUGGUCCAUUUGUGUUGCUUCAAAGUAUCGAAUCGUAAGACUGAAACACUAAUGAACCACUUGAAUCUUUUUGUGUUGCUUCAAAAAAUCACACUAGAAAAAAAAAACGAAAAAAAGGGAACUAAAAAAACGCAAUUAUGAAACCUUUGAACCGUUUUGUGUCGCUUCGAAGCUUCGGAUGGUUGGACCGAAACACUAAAUGAACCACUUGCGUCUUGAGUGUUGCUUCGAGCCCCGGGUGACCGCUGUACCGUCUUUAUACCGCCUAGUUAGCUCUUUGUCAUAUCAUACUGCUGAUGUGGCCGUCGUGGUGGUGGUGUGGUGGUGGUGGUGGUGAUGAUUGUGUGGCCGGUGUAGUAGUGAAGGUGAAAGAGAUCUGGUGUGUGUGUGUGUGUGUGUGUGUGUGUGUGUGUGUGUGUGUGUGUGUGUGUGUGUGUGUGAAAGCCACGCACAUAAAGUCUAUUCUUACCUUUGAAAUGCCUCUUUAAAAUGACACUAAGAGGAAAAAAUGUGACAGCGUGGAGUGUUGUCGUGUGUGUGUUUGUGUGUGUGUUUUCCCCUUCCCUUUCUUCACCUUUUCUCUUUUUUUCUCCUCUCCCUCUCCUCCUUCUUCCUUCCUUCUUUCUCUUUUCUCCUUCUCUCCCUCUCCUUCCUUCUUUCCCUUCCCUUUCCUUCUUCCUCCAUUCCUUCUCUCUUCCGCCCUAUCUCCCCUUCCCUUACCCACCAGAGAGAGAGAGAGAGAGGGAGAGAGAGAGACCCCGCCACCACCCUCGCCGCGCCCUCGUCUCCUGUUCUAGUUCUUCUUCCUUCGCUUUUAAAAUCACUAAAGAAAGAUGCCGGUGGUCUGCCUGUUCCAUUCAUGUUCUUAUAUUGUAAUAAAUGUUUGUCUUUA